GCGGUUUGGGUGGUGGGGUAAGGGGGAAAGCACGCGUAUAAUGGGCCGAGUGCUCGUCAGCGCUGCAUUGUGGAUUAAUGUAAACAUCACCAAAAAAGAAAACAGCGGGAGAUACACCCAUCUCCCACAAUUGUGAUGAAGCCUUGGACAUAUUGAUUUGAUGCGAUCUAUAAUAGUUUAUUUACUCCACAAAAUAAUACUUCGGACCGUCAAGUGGGUCAGCUUCAGAUGAAUACAGCAGCCUUGGCAUUACCUAAUCUCGCUGCCCUUGUUUUAUUUUCCUCUGCAUAUUUAGCGAAGGCUUUUUUUUUAGAUGUAAUCAGGUGGAGAAGGAACAUCCAACAAAAAAAAAGCAGCCUGCUGAUUUUGGAGCAGAAAUGUCUGCAAUCGUGAAGCUGUUUUGGUUAAAGCAGAGGGUCCAAACGGCUGGAAAAUUCCUAUCGGUAUCAAUUGAAGACUCCCUUUAAUUAGCACAUCGCAAAAAUCCCCGGACCCGUGACUCUGUGUGGAAAAGUGACAAUAUCUGCAUGUUGGAUUGGUGCUUUGCAAAUCCUUUUUAGAUCUGAAAGAAAUUUCAUCCAGCGAGACCCAACAUCUGCCUCCUCGCGGUUAAAAACAAAAAGUGUCGCAUUUAUAUUGGUCCAGAUAUUUUCGUGGGAUUUAAAGGAGUGAAAGAAAUCAGCUGGGUGUUUGCUGAAAGUGACAGUGCAUGUACAACUGGUUCCCUCCUGAAGAACCACAUAAAGAUUCGAAAAACCUUUUAAAACCCGAAAGCCAGGGCUCCUCAAGGGAGGGGAAAAAAACACGGCAAGAGCUGAACUGUUCUUGGAAGCCUUGAAUUCUCUUUGAAAGGGGCAGAGAUUGUGGCCAGCGUGACAAUGGAGACAGUUUCCCAAGAUUCACAAAUGGAAUGUCAGAUUUGUUUUAAUUACUACAGUCCACAUCGCCGCCCGAAGCAGUUGGACUGCAAGCACACUUGCUGCUCUGUCUGCCUUCAGCAGAUGAGGAGCAGUCAGAAGGAGCUGAUGUGUCCCUGGUGUCGAAGUGUCACCAAACUCUCUCCCAGUUUGUCUGUGUCUCAGCUGCCUGACGACCCAGAAAUCAUCACUGUGAUCAGCAUCCCUCACACAUCAGAGCGCACCCCGGUCUUUAUUAGGCUCCCGACCAGCGGCUGCUACAUGGUCCCGCUGACUGUCACAAAGGAGAAUGCCCUGUUGCCAGGGGAAAGCAGUUGCCGACUGUUGCCGGGGAAUCAGCGGAAGGCUGUAACCGCCGUGCUCAUCCCCGGGGAUCAGCAGCAGCAGGUGCCCCGACAGCACCAGGUGCCACAUGGAUCCAGGGAGGACCAGGAAGAGGAGGAGGGCCAGGAUGGUGUGAAAACAUCCACUUGCUCAGGCGUUUGCACUGUUCUCCUCGUGGCGUGUGUCCUCCUUUUCCUACUUGGCAUCGUCCUCCACAACAUGUCGUGCAUAUCAAAGCGAUUCACCGCCAUCUCCUGCGGCUGAAACCUCCUAUCGAGUUGUGAAAGGUGUUCAGAAUUUACCCACUUGCAGGACACCAACCAGUGGCUGGACUGAAGAACGCACAGCAUUUAGUCUCUUAAAAAGCAAGGACUACAGACCGAUUCCUGAAGAAGUUGAAUAAAAGCAUAAAGCUACAAGAAUGAUUCAUUUGGGAAGUGCUUUGCAGUUAAGGUGUAAUCUGACCGUUCAGCCGCCAAAUAUACUUUUUGGUGGAUUUUUGUAGGGUUUUGCCUCUGGAGUUAGAAAAUAUGCACAAUUAGAAAGCAAUUUCUUUUUACAAGAUGAUGUACUUCUAAAUCACUAUUAACUGUAGCCUUCCUUUUAAUGGGAAAUGCAAUAAGAGUACUCACAGUGUAACUUGAAUCCAUUUGUUGAUGUUAGCAUAGACAUCAGUUUAUGCAGCAAAUUCUGGACAAUCCUGUCAAAACCUGGACUUUAAUUCAUUGUUAUUCAUUUGAGUUGUAGCAAUCUCCUGCAGAGGUAAAGCUCACAUUUUGUCACCAGCAUCUGGGAUUGGAUUGAAUAGAAAUGUAGUCAACUGAAAACACAAUCAUUUUAUUUAAAUAAAUUGGUCAGUACUUUUCAGUUUCAAAUUUAUAAAUUGAUUGUUGGAAUUGUGCUUAAUCUAGUUUUUAAUUUUUUUUCAGAUUUGUAUAUACAAGUGUAGCAUUUUUAAAGUCUUGUACUAAUCACAGUGAUAUAUACUCAUAAAGAAUUACACAAAUUUAGACACUUUUGGUCAGUUGUUAACUAGAGAGUUUGCGAUAUUUUAGAUGUCUGCAACUGUUAACAUAAAUGGUAGAUUGGGUUGUGGUUAUUCUUUUUUAGCUCGUACUAAACAGAACCCUAAUGAUGCAUUCUUUCAGUUCAUAAUUGAGUACAUGAUAGUUCAUCUACUUAGAAAACAUAUUUGUUAUGUCCAAUUGGACAUCAUUUUAGCUAGAAAUGAAUUUCAAAUUGUGAAUUACAUAGCAAAGUGAAUAUUUUAAUCUAUUAAACAUACUAUGUGUCAAAAGCUGAUUUUGGUUUUAUAUAUUUAGGAUUUUCAGGCUGUUUAGGGUUUUGUAUGAAUCAUCCAGGCUUAUUAAAAUUACUUGUCUCUGAAUGCAUUACAUUCUAACUUGAGGAACAAACAAGUGUUAAUUCAUUCGUCUUUAAGGAUGUCAUUUGGUGCCCUGUGGUUUGGUGCUAACUGUUGAAAAGGGCUGAAUAGCCUUGUUGAAAGUGACAAGGAAUAUCACAAAAACAAACGUUUGGUGAUGCAGUUAAUGUAGAGAGAGAAGAAUGAUCCCCCUUGUGACUUGAGAUGACAUGACAGGAAAAUGAAAUGAGGUAUCAUGGAUGGAGCUGGGUUGCAAUAUUAGGGAUGUCUUGUCAAGCUGUAUUCAGAUUUGUGGUUACAGUAUGUUUGUGCACUCUGUUCUAAUUUAGAUUUUUCCAUAUUUCUUAAUGAGAAGUUAACAUUCUUAUUAAUUCAAAAUGUUACACAGUUUCACCCUGUGGUUUUGUAAAUAGUAAUUUGGGACAGGUUUGUGCAGUAAAGUGCAGAAGUUCCUCUUGAAAUUAUUUUACCAAUUGGGUAUAUGGAGAUAUUGUUUAUUUCAUUUUUUUUCUUGUUACUUCAGUGCACUGUCUUAAUACCCUAUUUGGUAACUAUAUAUCCGGAUUUAAAUAGGUCUGUGCUAGCUCAGUGGAUGCAAGUGGUAGCAAAUCUGCUUUCUUACAAACUAAACAAAAGUGGUUGAUAGACCGGCAAUAUGCCACAGCUAAUACCCCACAAUCACUGCUGUCUGCACAUGUUAUGAAAUGGUUUUAACCUUUCUCACAGGGUUAUUUGUUCUGAAAUGAUGUCAUUGUGACUAAGCAAACUGAGGUGAAUGAACUGCCAAUGCGUACACAUGCCUAUGGUAAUUUGCCAAAAGUUGAGUUUUUCCAGUAAGAGGUGAAGCUUUUUGCCGACUGCCGUAUUGUCUUUGUGCUCUUGUAGAAGAACAAAAAUGCAUGGAGUUGCAAUAGGGCAUUUAUUUUCUCCUUUUGGACCCAUUAUUUUAUGAAGCGGUGUUCGAAAUCUGCCUCUUAUUUGUAAAAUGUUCAUUUUUGUUUAAUAACGAUUGUAAGGAGUGCAUUGAUCAUAACUAGACCACUGUACUGUGACUCUGCUGUCUUAACAACAUUACGCGAGAGUUUAUAAUAAACUUCAAUCAACGUC